AUGGAUACAGUUCUGGUGAAGCUUGUAGACAGAAGCCAUCCUGAGGUCGAGCAUAAUCCUCUUCAUGUAAGCCCUUCCUUCUGCACGGAGGACCUUGAGCGCUAUCUAAGAUCGGUGCUUGGCGGGAACGGAGGAUACAGAUUUUAUAUGGAGGGACAACUGUUUGAAGGAUGUCUCCAGAAGGGGAUAGAAGCAAGGGGCCUGGAGAUUGAGAAGGGAGUAAGCAUAGAGUAUGAGGUUGAUGGCAAUUGCACGCCUGACGUUACUGUGGAACUUGAGGACCCAGUGUCGUUUCUAGACAUUGCGAAAACCGACAUGUAUGAGAUAUGGUGUGGAACUUAUGGAGGCGAGUUACAGGUCUAUGUCUAUCAAGGCGAUGCAAUUGUACUGAGGGAAACGACUAGCCACAAGAGGAUUCGGGGAAUCUCACACGGAGACAAACUCUACAUAUAUAGUUCAGAUGGAGAGGUUCUAUCGCUUAGAUCUGGUGGCUCUCUGUUCAAGGUGGAUGGAGAGAUCACAUGCUUAGCCUCUUCUCACACCAUUGUUUCUGCCGGGACACACGAGGGAGAAUGCUACGUAUUCAAAGAAAAACUCAUGAAAGUACACAAGUUUAAAGCACAGAUAUCAUCGACUAUUAUAGAUGGAGACGAGGUGACAUUUGCAUGUGUAGACGGAAGCAUAGGAGCCUUCAACACAUCUACAAAUGCAUUCAAAACAAGAGACGUCGGAUACAACCUAACCUCCGCAGACACAAGGGGAGAUAGGCAGGUGUUUGGGACGUCAUGCUCUGGAUUGGUUGUUGAAAGCAAAGGCCAAUCGAUGUUCGUAGGGACAGGUAUCAGGUUUAGUAGCAAAGUGUCGAUUUACAACAGCUGCAUAGUUGCCCAGGCCUCUCAGCACACGAUAUCGAUUAUAAACACCAAAAAUUCACAGGAAUUGAGAAGAAUCACUACGGACGGAUACAUUUCGGACAUCGGGUGGGUAGGAAAUCUUCUAGUCGUAGGCGUUGGAUCUAGAAUACAAGGAUACAUUAUACACAACUUGGAAUAG